AUGAGUGUCGGCUCCCACAAACGCUCGCAGGGCGAAGCGGCCUUUACGCAGGCCUCGCUUGCCCCCCAACUGCCUGCGCUACUCCGCUCCCAAUUUCAGGUGUUCAGUGAGGACAACCUGAGGGCCAUUGAGCGUCGACUGACGAGGCACGACGCGGCACGUGCAGAGGAGCAAAAAAUCCAGGAACGGUGUGCGCGGUUCCGCGAGCAGGGGGAAACAGAGUUGCAGCGAAGAAUUGAGAGGAUUCAGAAAAGAACUGCACGACAUGCCUCAGCGGCGGGAGUUGUCGAGGAGCGCCGUCUGCAGGCCGAGUUCCGUCAGUUGUGUCGUUGGUAG